UCCAAUCCCCCUUCUGUCUCUAUCCGUACAGUUCAAGAUGGUGCGGUCUUUCGAAGAACCUAAGCAGCUAAGCACCAUACAAGACCUUAAGGAAAAUGGCUUCGGCCAGCCUCACCCACGACAUGGACUCAGACUCCUCUACUGGUUCGCCACUGAAUGCGUGGAGUUCAAUGAACACGGCAACAUGCUGUUACAGUGCAAUCCUAAAGAGGACUUCGGCUUCCACUACUUUAGCAAUAUUGAGAAGAUUCUCCCGGACCUCUCGGGCUGCAUGGAACAAUACUUCGAGGUAGGCAACCUGACCUAUCACAAAGCCGAGGACCUACCGAACUACGUGAGAGAGUACUCCCAGAGCCAAUGCAACAAGGACCGCAUCAUCUCCCAGAGCCAAUGCAACAAGGACCGCAUCAUCAUAAGGCAGAAGCAGGGGAACGUGCAGGACGUGAUGGCCACCUAUGUCACCGAGCACAAGCAGGGCGGCCGCCGGGGGGAGUUUGACGCCAAACGCACCCACCUUGUAAAUCCGGAUUUGAUACGGAUGAUUCGGGAUGCUGCUGGGCUUAAGAAAUUCCUGGACCAGACGCAGAAAAUGGAUGUCAUCCCGUUGGAGUUUGACUCCGAACACUCAAAACGAUCUCGUCCAGACCAGACAACUUGGGACAAUUCGGUCCGGACCCUUUUGGAUCCGGAGCAGGACGUGACCAUGUCCCCGCCGGGACUAUCGCUGAGAAAACGGUGUUCCAGAUCCUGCAAAGUCUUUAGCGUCGUCCUAGUGGUUUCCCUGGUCAUCACUUUGACCGUUUUGGCAAUUUUAGGGAAGUUGUAGAAAUAGUAGUCAUUGUAGCCCUUGCGCUGCUGUGUGUCCAUCAGGGUUGGGGUCAGGAAGUAAACUGAAAUUCAAAUGGACAUUUUUCUUAGUGGAAAAGCUUUGAGAAAUGACUGAAUUGAAAUGAAAUUGACCCCAACCCUGAGGUCCAUCGAUCAUUUCUCAGGGGUAAAUGAAAUAUUAUUAUGUUUCAUGAUUAUUUUAACUCAAUUCUUAUAGCACAUCACUCUUGUAUUUGUCUUUCUGCACUCGCACUUGUUUUUCUCACAGGCACGGAUUUUCCUUGCAAUGACUGUGAUAUGUGGUUGUCUUUACCUUCCUUAGUUGAAUGUGUAGCAAUAUUGAUGUUACUCAUAUUGAUGUUACACAGGAAACGGAAACCAGUUGUUGCUUACUUUACUAAUGUGCUGGUUGACAACAUGCCUCGUAAAGUUUGCUUAACUAUAUAUCUUUGUCUGUCGUGACUACAACACAAAGCAUAUUGAAACAGGAUGCAUUGACUGUAAGUCACUUUGGAUAGGAGUGUCGGCUAAAUGACUAAAAUGUGAAAUGAAAUGUUACCUUUUUUAUCUUUUUUUAAUCAAUAAGAUAUUAUCAGAUUUUUUAUGUGACGAUUUAGAAUAAAAUGCAAA